UAUACACAAACGCAACAGGUUAGCAUGGGCUCAAAAAUACAAGGAUGGGACCGUUGACCAUUGGACUCGAGUGCUUUGGUCGGAUGAAUCCAAAUUUGAAAUGUUAUGAUCUCGGCGACGACAGUUUAUUUGUCUCCUAUCGAGUAUUUGUGGGAUGAAUUGGACAGACAGGUGAAGCAACGAGAGCCUACUAGUGCU